AUGUUGUCCAUUCUGAGAAAAGCACGUCUCAAAGACAAGGAGAUGCGAAUCCUGAUGCUAGGCCUCGAUAAUGCGGGAAAGACCACGAUUGUCAAGAAGAUUAUGGGCGAAGACGUCAACACAGUAAGCCCGACAUUGGGCUUCAUCAUCAAGACUAUAGACUACGAUGGAUACAAGCUAAACAUUUGGGACGUGGGUGGGCAAAAGACACUACGCUCGUACUGGCGGAAUUACUUUGAAAAGACAGAUGCGUUGACCUGGGUCGUCGAUGCCACAGAUCGACUGAGAAUCGAGGAUUGCAGAGAGGAGCUCCACGGCCUGCUGCAAGAAGAGCGAUUAUCUGGAGCAAGUUUGCUCGUGUUUGCCAACAAGACCGACGUCAACGGAUGCAUGGACGAGCAGGAAAUUCUUCAAGGGCUGCAAUUGGAGGCGAUUAGAACACAUCGCUGGCACGUCCUGCGAUGCAGUGCCAUGACAGGCAGCAACCUCAAGGAAGGCCUUGCUUGGGUGGUGGACGACGCAAAGAAGAGGCUGUUCCUGUACUAG